GCAGAGCUGUGUUCAGGCGCACUGGAGGGCACCUACUAGUCGAGGCCCCUUAAGCCUGGUCGCAAAACAAAUGACGCGAAGGGGAGCAGCGAGCAGCUGAGGCAGAAACAUCCCGAGUUUCCGAGUAAAACGAGAAUGACUGAGAACGACGUGGAGAACGAGCUGUUAGACUAUGAGGAGGACGAGGUGGAUGCAGCAGGUGCUGUCGGGGAUGGAGGGCUCACCGGGGACAGUGGUGUGAUGGCUAUAAGAAAGGAGGGGGUCAAAGGGUCCUAUGUGUCCAUCCACUCUUCAGGAUUCAGAGACUUCCUUUUAAAGCCUGAGCUUCUGAGGGCCAUCGUGGACUGUGGCUUUGAGCAUCCAUCUGAGGUCCAACAUGAGUGCAUUCCUCAAGCCAUUCUGGGGAUGGAUGUGUUAUGCCAGGCCAAGUCUGGAAUGGGGAAGACGGCCGUAUUUGUGUUAGCUACACUACAGCAAUUAGAGCCAGUGACCGGGCAGGUAUCAGUGCUGGUGAUGUGUCAUACCCGAGAGCUGGCGUUCCAGAUUAGCAAAGAGUACGAGCGCUUUUCCAAGUACAUGCCUGCUGUUAAGGUGGCAGUGUUCUUUGGCGGUUUGUCUAUAAAGAAGGAUGAGGAGGUGUUGAAGAGAGAGAGCCCUCAUGUGGUUGUGGGUACUCCCGGCCGUAUCCUGGCCCUGUCCCGCAACAAGAGCCUCAACCUGCGACACAUCAAACAUUUCAUCCUGGACGAGUGUGACAAGAUGCUGGAACAACUUGACAUGCGCCGUGACGUCCAGGAGAUAUUCCGCAUGACCCCCCACGAGAAGCAGGUCAUGAUGUUCAGCGCCACCCUGAGCAAAGAAAUCCGGCCCGUCUGCCGGAAGUUCAUGCAAGAUCCGAUGGAAAUAUUUGUGGAUGAUGAGACCAAGCUGACACUGCAUGGCCUGCAGCAGUACUAUGUCAAGCUGAAGGACAACGAGAAGAACCGGAAACUCUUCGAUCUUCUGGACGUGCUGGAAUUCAACCAGGUGGUGAUCUUUGUGAAGUCAGUGCAGCGCUGCAUUGCCCUUGCUCAGCUGCUGGUGGAACAGAAUUUUCCUGCCAUCGCUAUUCACAGAGCAAUGCCCCAGGAGGAAAGGCUAGCUCGAUAUCAGCAGUUUAAGGACUUUCAGAGACGGAUCCUUGUGGCCACUAACCUGUUCGGUAGGGGAAUGGACAUCGAAAGGGUCAACAUCGCCUUCAACUAUGACAUGCCUGAGGAUUCUGACACAUACCUGCACAGGGUGGCAAGAGCAGGUCGCUUUGGGACGAAAGGUUUGGCCAUCACGUUUGUGUCUGAUGAAAACGAUGCCCGUACGCUGAAUGAUGUUCAGGACCGGUUUGAAGUGAACAUCAGUGAACUUCCAGAGGAGAUCGACAUCUCCUCCUACAUUGAGCAGACGCGGUAAGGACGAUAAGCUCCAGUGAAGAAGAGCUGAGCUGUGCGGAGAGCGGCUUUCAGUAGCUUCACAUUUCACCCUGACUGUUACGGUGAAGUUUAGAGAGAAUGUAUAAUUGACAAAAAGCUAUAGUUACCCCACACUUACAGAGGUGCUGAACUGCUCCUGAAGUUUGAUGCUACAUUGUUACCUUUGUAAAACAAGCUUUGUUCAUCUUUGGAUGUUAAAAUGACGUGUUUGUAAAAGAUUUUAUUUACUUUUUCAAAAGUGUUUCAUUUCCUGUUUUUUUUUUUUUUUUUUGUUGUUGUUGGCUGUUACUGACAUUUUUUAUGCAAGUGGAGUGGCAUUGUUUGCGUUUUUUGGUGCAGUGUUGGGUCAAGAUACUUUAUUUAGAUUGAUAUAUGAAGCAGUAUAUAGGUGUACAGUAGCUGAAUGCUACAGUGUUCCAGUAGCUCUUGAUGAAGGCAUGUCUGAUGGGGAAUUAUGAAGGAGUGUUAUGUGCGCAGUAGGAAAAACUACAGUAAUCAGUGUUCUGUAUUUGUUGGCAAUGUUAUUUGAUUAUUCACAGCUAUGUUUGUUCUAUAACUCCUUAUAUCUGUGUUGAAUUAGCAGUGGUACUGACAUACACAUCUCUGUUGAAGGUGCAUUGUGUAAGGCUUUUCUUUUUUUUUAUAUUUCAUACAACAUAUCAAAAGAGAAUUCCAGGGAUUUCUUUUUUAAAAACAUUUCUGCAUAAUUCAGUGGUUUAGAUGUAAAUGUAAACACAGCCAUUCACAGUGGUUUGAUGUGAAAUGGUUCAUUGUAUAGAGAAACUUACUGACUCAGAUUUCUUUACAGUGGUGGUGAUAGGAACCAGACGUCCAAAACCACUAGUGGACCUACACGUGUCUUCUCACCUUUAAUGUUGAUGGUAAAAUAAAGUUAUCCUCAAAGCCUUGCAUGUAAGAAAUUCUUUAAAAAAAAAAUAAAAAUACACCCAAACUAUCAUAAAACAGAGUCUUGGAUGUCAGGCAACUUUGUGUGAUGGAGCUUUUAGGGGCGUUAAACUCUUCAGACGUCUGGUUCCCAUCAACUCCACUGUAAACAAUCCUGAUUCUAGUUUCUCCAGAAAGGACACAGCAUUUUGCAUCAAACCACUCUGACUUUGAAUUAUGCAGAAAUUUACAUGUAAUAUCCUUUUAAAUUGUUUGUAGCUUGUUUUUGUUUCAUGUUUUUUGACCAGCCUGAUGACCGAUUCAUACAAGUACGAUUGAGAGCAAAACAUUUAUUACGAAAACAUUAAUGCGCAAGACUUUUUGUGUUUACAGCACUUUCAGAUCAAGCACUCAUUUAUGCCCACAUAAUGCACCUGUUGUUCUCAAGCUGUUUUCCAGUAUUCAAACUCCUGUGUGCGUAAGCACUCGCUGAAUUUCAUAAAUAAAUAUAAAACUGAAAUUGCUCUUUUA